AAAAAUCUCUCUCUGUCUGGCAUAGUCAUUUCCACGACUAGCUCAUCUCCCAGCUCCCAUAGUCCCAUAUAUAUUCUACUUAGCUUCCCCUUUUCACUUACUUUCCGUUCAAACUACCAUCCCCAGAAAAUCUGAUCACUUCUCUCUUUUCUUCCCUUUCCCUGCGUUUCUUUUACUGUCUGACCAGUCACUCCUACUCUCGCUGCAUUUAAUUACUUCAUCACCGCUUUAAACUUUUACUUUCAUCCUCCCUCCUCAGCCCUAGCGAAUGCUACGUAGGGAAAGCCUAGCUAUAUAUCUCCCACCUGAUCCGUCUCUCGAAACUAAAGCAUAUCAUGAGGCACUCAUGAUAUAAUCACGCUUUUAGUCUCCUUCAUUCCAUUCUCCUCUUCCUUCUCCUACCCUUUUCUGUUUCAUGCCAUUUCUGAUCUUCUAUAUCCUUUUCACAUCAUUUAUUAAACUCUGCUCCUUUAUUCUUUGCCAUUUUCUUGUCUAUUUAACCACCGCAUGCGUCUGGCGUGGUGUGUGUAACUGAGCCCAGAUCUUUAGGUCCCCCAUGUUCACUCCCUCGCAGCCCCACCCCGUAAUGCGAAGCUUAACACCUUUCCCGGAGCUUUCCUUGAACAUCAGUCCUCCGGAUUGUGAAGCGAAAAGAGUGGAGAAUUACACCAAGGGAUUCGCUGCCAAAAUGCCUCACAGCGAUAUGUGCUCCACCUCCGAUUCUGGAAGCAGUGAGAGUGAUUUAAGCCAUGAAAAUGCCUUUUCGCACCUUGGCUAUCGUGAGCCUAUUACUUUGAGCUUAGGUUUUAAAAUAGCAGAUUUGAAUCCCCUUCCCCUCCCGAGAAACGCGAAUCAUCAUUUUCGCAACCCCCAACCUCAAAUCUAUGUUCGAGACUUUAAACGAAACACCAGAGUCGUCUGUGGUGUGAAAAGGAGCAUCAGAGCUCCUAGAAUGCGAUGGACUACAAGCCUCCAUGCCCAUUUUGUUCAUGCUGUCCAGCUGCUUGGCGGCCAUGAAAGGGCAACUCCAAAGUCAGUGUUAGAGUUGAUGAAUGUAAAAGAUUUAACCCUAGCACACGUCAAGAGUCACUUACAGAUGUAUAGAACAGUGAAGAGCACUUCCAAAUGUACAGGUCAUGGCCUCACUGAUAUGGCCGGCUUAGCUGUUGUUGAUGAGCAUGGUGCCUCAGCUUGUGAAAGAACACAUCUGUCUCUGCCGCUUCAAAAAUCUCACAGCAACAAGGAAUCAUGGCAAUCAUCAACGGGGACAAGGACAAACGAUAGUAGACAAAAACCAGGAACAAGCUUGACGCAUUCUCAAGUGAAGGAGAAAGAAACCAUGGUGGUUGGAGGGUCCUUGUCAGAUUCAGAUAAGACGCUUAACCUAGAAUUCACCCUUGGAAGACCCAGUUGGAACACAGACCAGCCUCAAUCAUCAAGCGACUUAGCUCUUCUCAACUGUUAAACUUACACUCUGCCCUUUCCCUGUCACCAACACUUUUGAUGCCGAAAGCUGAACUGUUUAUUGUGGAUGUGAAUGAUUUGGUUCCCAUUGAUGUGUGUCUUUGUGAGUUUUGUCUGCAAAAAAGAGAGAGGAAUGGGAUAAAUCCUUCCUAACAGACAUUUGCUUCAGUCCAAGAAUUACGUGAUCCUUCCCUUUCAUGUCGUCGUCAAAUGAAGGGAAGAUUGAGGGAAAGUAACGUGAUUUUUAAUUUGCACU